AUGCGCUUCAACACUAUCGGCCUCUCGGCCAUUCUGGCAAUGACUGCCUCCGCACUCCCUGUCGCUGGCCCCGUCGAAACCGUCUGGGAGACUGUCUAUGAAACCGUCUACGCCACUGUCGCCCCAGUCAGUGCGCCCACCAACCUUCCCAUCGUCGAGGCGGCCGUCAUUCCUUCCACCUUCUCGACUUGGGCCCCCGCUGUUCCUACCACGACUAGCAUCCCAACUCUGAGCACUGUCGUCCCCACUGUGAUCCCCACCGUGGUGCCCACUACCACCAGCGCCGUCCCGCCAAGCACCAGCAGCGCUGCUGCCACCGGCAGCGGUGUCUCCAUCGUCAACAACCUCUCGCACCCCGUCUACCUGUGGGUUGUGACCGACAACCCCGGUGUAAUGCAGACCCUGGCAGCCGGCGAGACCUUCACCGACAGCUGGCUCAUCAACAACAACGGCGGUGGUAUCUCUAUCAAGAUGUCCACCACCGAGGUCUGCGACGACGUCCUGCAGUUCGAGUACACCCAGUCCGGCAGCGUCCUCUUCUGGGAUCUGUCCUCCAUCGAUAUGGCCAAGGACUCUCCCUUCGUCACCGCAGGAUUCGGUGUCACUAUCAGUGAUGAGUCUUGCCCCACCGCUACCUGCGCUCCUGGUGAUGCCUACUGCGUUGAGUCCUACCAGCUCCCUGAUGAUGUCAAUACCCUGGCUUGCGGUCUUGAUAACGCAUACACUCUCACUCUGGGUUAG